AUGACUUCCUAUCAAGAGUUAACGGCCGAAGGGGAGAGUAGCCCUCUGUUCGCGGGCUGCUACCGACCAAAAGAGGUCAUAAACCGGGACCUGGGCUGCAGGACUCAUCCUGAACUCAGCAGUCGUGACGAGGGGAACUUACAGGGGGAAGUUGCCUCGGGAUUUUCUCCGCAUUACCGGCACUUGACCAUCUCGAACAGUCAUGCUGGUAGCGAGGCUUUGACUCUGUACACCUUUUCGGACAGCCCUCCUCCGCCGUCUCACACUCAGGGCUUCUCAGCGCCGGCCUGCCCCCACUCGUCCCGUGUCCCCUGGCGGUGCAGGGCGCAGGGGCAGGGCUCUCCAGGACGCGGACACUGUGCGUCAACUAACGACAACAGCGAGGCGCACUCGGGAUUUGGGUCACUUACAGAGCACAUUCAAAUCUACUCUCACCAUGGGCCUGGGAUUCACGUCGCUCUGGUGGAAAGUUCAGCCAACUUGGAGCCGAGGUGUAACGUAGCCACCGCGGAAGAAAGGAGUAAAACUUUUGAGUGGAUGAAAGUGAAGAGGAGUCAACAUCGGACGAGUAAGACGCACAUGACCUGUGGGUUGAGUAUUGUUGGCUCGGGCCUCGGUCCUGUCGACGGUGGCAGCAGCAUCUGCACGGAUGGCCAUCCCACGGUGAACGGGGCCCCGAGGACGAGCUUCACGACCAAGCAGCUGACCGAGCUGGAGAAGGAGUUCCACUUCAACAAGUACCUGACGCGGGCGAGGCGCGUGGAGAUCGCCAGCGCCCUGCAGCUCAGCGAGACGCAGGUGAAAGUUUGGUUUCAGAACAGACGCAUGAAGCAGAAGAAAUUACAGAGAGACGGGCUGGUCCCCGACCCGGGGCCCCCGGCGCCGCACUCACGCGCCAGCAGUCUGGACACCUGCCCCUCUCCUGGACUGUCCUCUCCAAAACACCUGCCCCUGAACUCUUGA